CACCAUUGAUUAACAUCAUGAUAAUGUACUGGUUCCCUUCAAAACCAUCCCUUUUUCUUUAAUACCCCUUACCAUCUCCUCCUCUCGCCAUCCUUCUUUUCUUUUACUUUCCUCUUUGCUUGCCGUGGGCUCAACCUCCAUGGCUGGCCUUCCCGCCACUACUUCUCAUCCUUUGCAGGACUAUGAUGAGCAGCAUCGGCCUCCGACACGACAGUCCGGGAAAGUUUCAUGCAGAGUUUGCGGAGAUGAUAUUGGAGUUAAGGAAGAUGGGACAUUGUUUGUUGCUUGUCAUGUUUGUCGAUUUCCCGUUUGCAAGCCUUGUUAUGAGUAUGAGAGAAGCGAAGGAAAUCAGUGCUGUCCUCAGUGUAACACUCGCUAUAAGCGUCACAGAGGUUGUGCUAGAGUUGUGGGGGAUGAUGAAGAUGACAUUGAAGCAGAUGACUUUGAUGAUGAGUUUCAGAUUAAGCAGCAGCAACAACAGCAUCAUGAUCAUGACCCAGAUCAUAAAAAUGUCUUUGCUCGCUCGGAAAGUGGAGAUUAUAUUCCAAGGCAGCCAUUGCAUACUGGCGGUCCUGCAUUUUCGUCUGCCGGCAGUGUGGCAGGGAAGGAAAUUGAGGCUGAAAGAGAGUUGUACAGCAAUGAAGAAUGGAAAGACAGAGUUGAGAAGUGGAAAGUCAGGCAAGAAAAGCGAGGUUUGGUGGGCAAAGAUGAUGUAGGCAAUGAUCAAGGAGAAGAAGACGAAUACCUUAUGGCUGAAGCUAGGCAACCAUUGUGGCGAAAAAUCCCUAUUUCCUCGAGCAAGAUCAAUCCUUACCGCAUUGUCAUUAUCAUCCGACUCUUUGUUCUGAUCUUCUUUCUCCGUUUCCGUGUCUUAACUCCAGCCUAUGAUGCUUACCCGUUAUGGCUAAUUUCUGUUAUUUGUGAGAUAUGGUUUGCUUUCUCCUGGAUACUUGAUCAGUUCCCUAAAUGGUUCCCAAUUGAAAGAGAAACUUACCUUGAUCGCUUGUCUAUGAGGUUCGAGAGAGAGGGAGAGGCUAAUCGUUUAGCGCCAAUUGAUUUUUUUGUGAGUACUGUGGAUCCUCUCAAGGAACCUCCAAUAAUAACUGCAAACACUGUGCUUUCAAUCUUGGCUGUUGACUAUCCUGUCAAUAAGAUCAGUUGUUAUGUGUCGGAUGAUGGUGCUUCGAUGCUCCUUUUCGAUUCACUAGCAGAAACUGCUGAGUUUGCAAGAAGAUGGGUUCCUUUUUGCAAGAAGCAUAAUAUUGAGCCAAGGGCUCCAGAAUUCUACUUCUCUCAGAAGAUAGACUACUUGAAGGAUAAAGUUCAUCCCAACUUUGUCAAGGAGCGAAGAGCAAUGAAGAGAGAAUAUGAAGAAUUCAAGGUGAAGAUUAAUUCAUUGGUGGCGAAGGCUCAGAAGAAACCAGAAGAGGGAUGGGUGAUGCAGGAUGGUACUCCAUGGCCUGGAAACAACACAAGAGAUCAUCCUGGCAUGAUUCAGGUCUAUCUUGGAAGUGAGGGUGCCCUUGAUGUGGAAGGUAAGGAGCUUCCCCGGCUUGUAUAUGUUUCUCGUGAGAAGCGACCUGGCUAUCAACAUCACAAGAAAGCCGGUGCCAUGAAUGCUCUGAUUCGAGUCUCUGCAGUGCUCACCAAUGCCCCUUUUAUGUUGAACUUGGAUUGUGAUCAUUACCUUAACAACAGCAAAGCUGCAAGGGAAGCUAUGUGUUUCUUAAUGGAUCCCCAGCUCGGGAAGAAGGUCUGCUAUGUCCAGUUUCCUCAAAGGUUUGAUGGUAUCGAUCGUCAUGAUAGAUAUGCUAAUCGGAACACUGUGUUCUUUGAUAUUAACAUGAAAGGCCUGGAUGGUGUCCAAGGGCCAGUAUAUGUUGGUACUGGAUGUGUCUUCAAUAGGCAGGCAUUGUAUGGCUAUGAUCCCCCAGUUUCUGAAAAGCGGCUUAAGAUGACAUGUGAUUGCUGGCCUUCGUGGUGUUGCUGCUGCUGUGGCGGCUCAAGGAAGUCAAAGUCCAAGAAGAAAGGGCAAAGAAGUCUGUUCGGAGGACUACUCCCCAGGAAAAAGAAAAUGAUGGGCAAGAACUAUAUGAAGAAAGGAUCCGGAGCAGUGUUUGAACUUGAAGAAAUUGAAGAAGGGCUUGAAGGUUAUGAAGAGUUGGAGAAAUCAUCACUUAUGUCACAGAAAAAUUUUGAGAAACGAUUUGGGCAAUCGCCAGUAUUCAUCACCUCCACCCUAAUGGAAGAAGGUGGCCUGCCUGAAGGAACUAAUCCUGCAACACUUAUCAAGGAAGCUAUCCAUGUUAUUAGUUGUGGAUAUGAAGAGAAGACUGAAUGGGGAAAAGAGGUUGGAUGGAUCUAUGGUUCAAUUACAGAGGAUAUCCUGACAGGAUUCAAGAUGCAUUGUAGAGGAUGGAAGUCAAUUUAUUGUUCUCCAAAGAUUGCUGCUUUUAAGGGAUCAGCUCCCAUUAAUCUAUCUGAUCGGUUGCACCAAGUUCUCCGAUGGGCUCUUGGUUCUGUUGAAAUUUUCAUGAGUCGUCACUGCCCAUUAUGGUAUGGUUAUGGAGGAAAGUUGAAAUGGCUGGAGAGGCUUGCCUACAUUAAUACUGUUGUCUAUCCUUUCACUUCCAUUCCUUUGCUUGCUUACUGUACUCUUCCAGCUGUCUGCCUUCUGACAGGAAAAUUCAUCAUCCCUACACUGACCAACCUUGCAAGUAUAUGGUUCAUGGCACUUUUCCUCUCCAUCAUAGCAACAAGUGUACUAGAGCUUCGAUGGAGUGGAGUAAGCAUCGAAGACUUGUGGCGUAACGAGCAGUUCUGGGUCAUUGGUGGUGUCUCAGCACAUCUUUUUGCAGUCUUCCAAGGCCUCCUCAAGGUCCUUGGUGGAGUUGACACAAACUUCACCGUCACAGCCAAAGCAGCAGAUGAUGCAGAAUUUGGGGAGCUAUACCUCUUUAAAUGGACUACUCUUCUAAUCCCACCAACUACUCUAAUUAUCCUGAACAUGGUUGGGGUUGUGGCUGGAGUAUCUGAUGCUAUCAACAAUGGGUAUGGUUCAUGGGGUCCUUUAUUCGGAAAGCUAUUCUUCGCUUUCUGGGUCAUCGUUCAUCUCUACCCUUUCCUCAAAGGUUUAAUGGGAAGGCAGAACAGGACACCUACCAUUGUUGUCCUCUGGUCUGUCCUUCUUGCAUCAAUUUUCUCUCUGAUUUGGGUCAGAAUUGAUCCCUUCUUGCCAAAGCAAACUGGCCCUAUUCUCAAACAAUGUGGAGUGGAGUGCUAGUCAUGUCAUUAAGGUUGGAUUUAUGACAAGCAGAGGGGCACUGGAUGGAUUGAUUGAAAAUGUCAAGUGGAUAGAUAAAGUAGGUAGGUGAUAAUGGAGGUUACCAGCCUAUCACCUCUAGAUCAAAGUCAACUAUGAAUCAGGGAAUGGAAACAAUGGGAGAUUCUUCAGGGUAGUUGGAAUAUAUAAUUUAUUAAAAUGAGAACAGAAAAUA